AUGGGACUCGCCCUGAUCCUGAAAGUCGAGUCGUCAUUCUGCUCCCCUACGCCAAUAAACAGUCGCAUUAUUCGGUCCCAUUCCGCCACCAACACUAUUGUACAGGUACUUGCGCCCGGCUACCGCACCCCCGGACGAACGCCCAUCCUGUCGCAAAUCGUCAUGAUGAACAGCCAGCAGGACGCCCAGCAGAGGGACGAUCAGUCCGCCGCUGGACUGGCCGGGAAGCCCGGCACGCGAAAGAAAAUGCGACCCACAUAUUCAUGCCUAAGCUGCCACAAACGCAAAGUGAAGUGCGAUCGGGUGAAGCCUUGCGGCGCAUGUUGUCUGCGGGGAACCCCCUCGGAAUGCGAAUAUGGCACUAGCAAGAAAGACCGACACUAUAUCCAGCAGUCCGCCCUCAUCGAGCAGUUGAUGCGAUCAUGCGAGGAUCUGAAGCAGCAGCUGGCCGAAGCCCGCCGCCUGGCGAAUCUGCCUCCCAUCAAGGAUGAGGGGAGUCCGACGUCGCUGGCCCAUAUCAAAGCGGCUGAAGAUGUCGCUGAAGACGAGGAGAUGUGGCCGGACCAGAAGCACGCCAACCCGCAUGCUGCUUAUACCCAGGCGCUGGAGAAGAGUCCGAGCCCACCGUUCAGCCACACGUCGUCGCCGCCCGUUCAGGAGAAAAUCUUACUCACAGACCCUAACCUGGCGAAUUCGCUGAUGGAGUUGUUCGUGGAGCGCCUGGUCAGCAACUUCAGUCCCCGCGACCAGGCAAAAUACGGCGGGACGAUCGCGCUGCGAGAAGCGUCGGAGAUGCGAGUGCUGUCGCCCAUCUUGUGCACGGCGUUCGAGGCGGCCAGCUUGACGUUCGCCGGGCGGCGGGACGGCAAUCGAACGAUCGAGCUGGCGGGCCAUACACGGUACAGCCGGAUGCUGCGCCAGCUUCAGAACGCCCUGAAUGAUCCGCGGGCGAGCAAAUCCACCGAGGUUCUGGUCGUCGUGCUGUUAUCGACCAUCAUCGAGGUAGCCGCAUUUCCCCCUCUCGAGAAUCCUUCUAACCGUGCGGUCACGGCGGCCCUGGUUCACCGAAAACCGACCUUCCUCGCAUCCAAAGAAUGGCUGACGGUGCCGUGGCCCGCCGACGGCCCGCCCAAGGACAUCCUCCAGCGGCUGCUCGACAUCGCCGUCGACAUCCCCGCCUACCUUUCGCAGAUCGACAUCUUCCUGGCGCAGCUGCAGCGCGGCAGCACGGGCGCCUCGUCGCCGGCCGAGCUCGUGCCCCUGCAGACCACCAUCUGGGAACAAGCGUUGGAGCUGCAAACCCGGCUCCACAUGUGGAAAGCCAUGUACGCCGACACGUACGCCAAGGGCGCGCCGCGUGAGGAGAUCGACGAGCCUUCUGCGGACGGGUUCCCUGUCUUCCGGUGCCGCGACCCGAACACCCUGCAGGUGCUGCCGGCGCAGGUCCUGGUGUACCCGGACAUCCUGCUGGCGACGGCGAUGUGCUUCUACUGGGCGCUGGGGCUGGUGGUGUCGGCGACGGACGACGGGCUGACCAGCGUGCUGGGGCAGGCGGAGCGGUACCAGUAUGCGUGCAACAUCUGCCGCAGCGCCAAGUACCUGAUUCAGAACAUCCCCGGGUGUCUGGUGUCGCGGCUGAUGUUUAUGCUGCGCACGGCGUUUGACACAUUCAGCGAUGGGAUGAUCGAGAAGGAGUUUAUGACGGAGCUGUUCCUGUUUAUCGGGCGGAAGUUGGAGUUUCCCGUGUUUUCGAACCAGUGCACGUCGUCUAGUAUUCGGGAUGAGAACCGAUGA